AACUUAGACUUUUUUUUUUUUAAACCUGUUUAUCCUGUUUUUUUUUCCCUCUUGUAAAUGCAGUAUUGUUAUCCUGGGAUUACUAGUUUAGAAUGUAUGUCUCCUGAGCUAGUUUAACACAACUAAGAUGUAAACCUGUUAAUGUUUGGGAACUAGUUGUAAGAAAAACAGAACCACUUUGGGGGGCCUUCUAAUCUCUGGGAUAAGAAUUCCUGAGCCCUGGUUAAAAUCCCCUAGAUUUAAAAGACCCUGACUUUGGGAAACUCAAUUUACUGAAUACUUGUUUUAGCGCGCCACCUAAUGGUCAUACUUGGAACUGCUGUCAGAGUUAUUAGUAAUAGAUUUUCUAUAGCAUUUUAAGUUUACUUUCAGUAGCCCCAGAGCUCAGACUUGCCCGUGCAUAACAAAAGCCACUAAGUUUAGAGACCCCACUUCUUCCAGCGCUGAAUUAUAUGGAAGGCCCUUGAGUGACACUGAGUCACUCUUUUCUUAUUCUAGAUCAGAACCCAAAGAUAAGGUCAGUGCUGGCGACAAAAGUGGUCCAUUCGAGAAACAGUGGGUACAGAGUCCAGACUUGUGCAAAUAAAUAAGCAAAAGUCUUAUUUGCAUUAAUGUGUUUGAGUCUCUUCCUAAGUUUGAUGUCUUCUAGCUUAGCUUCCCUGUUACUUUUAUUAGAAGUUUCAAGUAUAGAAUUAAUACAUUUAAAAAUAGGCACACAGGUAUGUAUAAAUCUGCCCCCACCUCUCCCAAGAAUUCCUUGUUAAAGGUUAGGGUGUGUCUUUUUUUUUUUUUUUUUUUUACAUGUCCUUGUUUCAUAGCCUUUGACUAUCACUGAAAGUAUAAUCAGUCAUUUUAGAAACUGCAAGAUUGAGAGCAAAGUACUAUUAAACAUGUGAGUGGACAGUGAGUGCGGUUCUGUUCACAGUGACAUUUGAAUUUUGCACAGACCUUUUAUUGCCAAGUGAUGCUUUAUUUAGUUAGGAGUUUUAAAAUGAGGUAUUCUAAAUUCUGUAAUAUCAUUACUUGUUUAUUAGCUGAAAUCCUUGUGAAUGAGAAGUAUCCCUUCAACAGUGAUUGAGUUACUCUUCGAGGUACAGUUCUGAAUAAACGACCCUUACAAUUAUUUUUUAAUAAAAAUGAAUCCAGUUUUGUUAGGAGGGAUGCUUUAUGCUAGAUGAAUUUUCCUCUUAAGAUUACAAGUGUUUCAAAGCACUAAUUUCCUUAAAUUUAGAUAAAACAUAAAAACUAACAAAGUAAUUUCACCAGUGUCUUAAAAUGAUCUUAAAAUGACACAAACUAUAGCAAGUUAAUGUGUCAGUCAUUUCUAAAUGGGUUCAGUAGUUACUGCUGUAGACAUUUGGAAAAGUCAAAUGUACUGUACAUUGAAGGGCUUUAUGAGCUAAAUGAUGAAGUUAGGAUUUAAACCAAAAUGAGCUCCAGACCCCAUCAUCUUUAAUUCCACUGUGCUGCUUCUACUGGUAGUAAAGGAUUCCAGGUAAGGCAAGGCAAGAGAUGAUAGGAAACUAUUGGGAUGGUGCGAUUUUCAAGUGACAAGGUCCUGUAUGAGAUCUCAGAUAGGAUGAAAGCAGCCAUUACUUUUUAAACUGAAUUUAGUCAGUUUUUUAAGGGUGUGUGUGUUGGGGAGGGGGUAGUGUUGACCACUAAGGCUAAAUAUUCUAGAAAAGAGGCAAGUACUUGACAUUGUUCCAGAGAUCAGAAUCAACAAAUUUAGUGCUGUGUACAUAGUAUUAUAGAUUCAAAAAUUGUGUGCAUAUUCAGAUAAACAACUUGCAGGGCAAAAAGAGUUUUUCUUUUUUUUGGAUUUUAUUAUUUUUAAUCUCAUUUAAUUUCCCCAAAACCUUGAAGGUAAAUCUUUUAGGAAGUAGACAAAAGAGGUGACCUCUGCAUUUUGCAUGUAAAAAACGGCCUCCCCCCAUCUGCUUCCCCACUGCGAGGGUCAAGUACUGAUCUGCUUGAGUUUCAAGAUCAGAACUCUUCCACUACACUCCUGAGAAUAUGAGUGCUUCUAUUUAGAAGGAUUUGCAGCAAGAUACUCUCUAGUGGAGUGGAUGAAUCUGUAAGAGUAAAUUAAAUCUAAAAAGCUUGGGGGAGGAUGACCGGCCAUGGGUCGAGGCUGCUGAAUCAUCUGACCUCAUUGAUAUAAGCAUGCGAUCUUACAUCUUUUGUGUAUGGUCCGCUCUGGGGCCCUGGGCAGCAAUUCUUAGCACCAUAUCCAUCUGUACAGCUGCUAGGCUGGGAACUGGUUAAUAAUAGAUCCCAAGACACAAAAGGGGUUUUCAUCCUUCAUUAUGAAAUCAUCCAUUUUUCACUGGCUAUGGGGUUUGUUCUUACUGGGAUACAGAAGAGGGUGGUAGCACCAUUGAUUUGAGCAGCCUGGUUUCAAAUUGUGUUCUCAGAUUAUAAUACGUCCUGUGAUGUAGGAAAAUAUAAUUUUGAAGUCAGGGCCUUAUGUGGAGUUAAUGAUGAUAUUCACGUGUUGUCAUGAGACCCAGGACAGUCUUUCUUCAGCACAGCAGUGAAGCACAAGAACUACACAAUAUUACUUUUAUAAUUGUGCACGAAGAUAUCUUAGUUUAACCCAUAGAGCGUGGACACCACUAACGACAGGAUUGCUAUCAGGGAGGUGGGGAUGGGGAGUUUAAAUACUGAAAUACAGGAAGUAAUCUAAACAGGAGUUUUUACACCUUUUUCAGGUGGAGCUCAAUCUAGAACUUCACCUUCCCACCCAAACAAAAGUGACAUACAAAGACCUCACUUUUAACCAAAGUGCUGAACAUUUAAACCAAAUUUGGAUAAGAAGGGCCUGAGGCAAGUUGUCCAUCCUCGUUGGGGAACAGAUCCCACCAGUUGUUCAGCACGGUCACAAAAAAAAAAAAAAAAUCUGAUUGGUUCACACGUUGACACGCUGAACUUGAUGGUGUGAAAACAGACGUACUGGAAAGGAAACGUUUUCCCAAUAAUUGUUACGUGAAAUUAUGGGUACUGUAUAGUAUGCAUAUUACGAUCCAUUUAAAAAGAGUUUGGAGGGAUAAAAACAAAGAUAGUCGUGAUAACUGUUUCUAGGUUGUCUUUUUGCCUGCCUUAUUUUUCCCUGAUUUUUCUUUUAUGACAUAAGAUGGAAAGGAAAGUUUUUUUUUUUUUCAACAUUCAUAUAUAAUGUGAACUUCUGUUGAGCUGCACAGUAAUCUUAUUAAACAAGCUUGGCCUCUCAAGAGGGCCGUACCUAUUGUUCCAGAAACAUCAGGGUUUAUGUUUUUGAGUUAGAAAUGCCAGUUGGCUCUCCUCUGGUUAUGACCAUGGAGUCUGGUCUUAAUUAUACCAAAUGGCAUUUUCAUAGGUAAGGAAAACAAAUUCCAGCCAUUCUGGGGGCAAGGGAGAGGAAAGACCAGAGAAGUGGGGUGAGGAAAUUUUUUUUUUUUCAACAGUUUAUAUUGAAAGUAACCUCAGGAUUUAGACAGACACCUUGUUUUGUUUUCCAGGCUAAACACCAGAGCACCCUAGAAAGCAUAACUAAAAGAAUGCUCAUGUUUGACCCAGUUCCUGUCAAGCAAGAGGCCAUGGACCCUGUCUCGGUGGUAAGUUUUCCGAAACUAAACACCUCUUGUUUAUUCCAAGUGGUAAUAACUUUACUGUGUGUUGUGUUAUUCCUUAAAAGUACUCCUUACCCGAUAGGCAUUUGAUAGGCAAACUUGUAAACAGGAUCCAUGUUUUCUUAAACGCUAUGCCCCAGUCCCCCACCACCCUCAGGAUGUCAUCAGCACAGAACUUGAGCCACAGGUACAUCUGCUCACAACAGAAAUAGUUUCUCAGAAACCCCUUAGUUGUCAGUUUUUUAGUCUGAGCUCUCGAGAUUAUUGAUUUUGGCCAAAAGAGAAAAAAAAUGGCCAGACUAGUUUUUAAAAAUUAAUGUGCAUAUGGAAUGUUUAAAAAAAAAAUAAAAUUGUACACAAUGUUUAUCAUGAAUAGGAAGCAGUUUCCACAUGUACCUACAAGAAAUCUUCAUCAAGAGUGAGUUUACUUAGAGGUAUUUUUCACUCAAGAUGACCACCCAGACUAUAUAGAGGAGUUUCUUAAACAUGUUUGUGAAUGUCAAUCUUUUUUUUUUUUUGAUUGGAAGCAAAAAAAAAAAAGGACUCCAUUUUGCUUCACGUAGUGCUUAGGAUGUCCUUCACAAAAAUCAUUAAAAAGAUGAAAAUUGGGAGAAGAAAAUCCUUGAUCAUUUUGCAUGUAAAAAUAUAUUAAGAAUAAAAUGAUUUGCUUAAACUCCAAGCAGGCAGCCUUGUGGAGCUGUGACUUGGGAGAAGCUAGGGAAAGAACUUGACCCUGAGGAUGGAAUUUUGUUUCACUCAGAGUCUGUGGUGGCUGGGAGGCAAUUACAUUCAUCGUCUCUUUCAACACUUCAGUGCUAAACGGGCCCGGUCUUCAUGCCUGUCGACCACCAAGGAAGGAGCAGUGAGUCCAGUUGUUUAUAGGCUGCAGCACCAGCUCUCUGGAGGUGGGACAGGGCUGACAACAGAAAGGCGUCCGACUGCAGAGCCGGGAGUGCUUGAGACUUGAGGGGCUCUGGUUUAGUGAACGUGAGAUAACACGGCCACGCUCCCAGCUCUGUCUCUCUUUUCUUCCUCGGGCUUGGAAAAUACUCACAAGGGGGAAAACUUGGCCUGAGUUGUGGCUCUGAAGGUUGGUAAUGACACGCUUGCAAAAAUUAGAUCAUCCUUAUGCGCUGGUUAUGGAGUUCCUGCCAAAACUGUUUAUACGAGACACGGGGGUCACUCCAAGGCCCUUGGAACUGAGUUGCCAUGGAGAUUUCUGCGCCAGUGUUUACCACUCCGUCCGGUGAGAAGUCAAGUCAGAGUGGCUUUAAGGAAACAGCAUUUACAUUCUUGCCUGACAACUGUACAACCGCAUGAUAAUAAAAGAGAUCAUACCCGUCUAAUUACAUGGAGUCGAUGAAGCCCAACAAGUACGGCGUCAUCUACUCCACGCCGUUGUCGGAUAAGUUCUUCCAGACGCCGGAAGGCCUGUCUCACGGGAUGCAGAUGGAGCCGGUGGACCUCACGGUCAACAAGCGGAGCUCACCGCCCUCCGCCGGGAGCUCGCCGUCCUCCCUGAAGUUCCCGCCCUCGCACCGGCGAGCCUCGCCCGGGCUGAGCCUGCCCUCGCCCAGCCCGCCCGGGAAGAAGUACUCGCCGCCGCCGCCCGGCGUGCAGCCCUUCGGCGUGCCGCUGUCCAUGCCGCCGGUGAUGGCCGCGGCCCUGUCCCGCCACGGCAUCCGGAGCCCAGGCAUCCUGCCCGUCAUCCAGCCCGUCGUCGUGCAGCCCGUCCCCUUCAUGUACACCAGCCACCUCCAGCAGCCGCUCAUGGUCUCCUUGUCGGAGGAGAUGGAAAAUUCCAGUAGUGGCAUGCAAGUACCUGUAAUUGAAUCAUAUGAGAAGCCUAUAUUGCAGAAAAAAAUUAAAAUAGAACCUGGGAUCGAACCACAGAGGACAGAUUAUUAUCCCGAAGAAAUGUCACCCCCUUUAAUGAACUCAGUGUCCCCCCCGCAAGCAUUGUUGCAAGAGAAUCACCCAUCAGUCAUCGUGCAGCCCGGAAAGAGACCUUUACCUGUGGAAUCUCCAGACACACAACGGAAGCGGAGGAUACACAGAUGUGAUUAUGACGGGUGCAACAAAGUGUACACUAAGAGCUCUCACUUGAAAGCACACAGAAGAACACAUACAGGAGAAAAACCCUACAAAUGUACGUGGGAAGGAUGCACAUGGAAAUUUGCUCGGUCUGAUGAACUCACAAGACAUUUCCGAAAACACACUGGAAUCAAACCUUUCCAGUGUCCAGACUGUGACCGCAGCUUCUCCCGCUCCGACCACCUUGCUCUUCACAGGAAACGCCACAUGCUCGUGUGAACACCUCCACCGCCCGCCUCAGCGUGGCCCCCCACCCUCCAGCUCGCUCUCUAUCCUCCUUCCCAUCAGCUAACUCAUUUUUUACAUGUACAUUUUAAUUUCGAUUCAGCUGGUCUGAAUCUGAAUUUAUAUCAUUCAAACUUCCAUAUGGUCAGUAGUAAAUAUCCUCUAAUCCUCCCUCUCCUUACCACGGGUCAGACCUAAAGAAUGUGAACACUUUUUUUUUUUUCCGGGGAUGCUAAGCAAACCCUUCUUAGAGAUACGUUUAAUGUAAUGAAAACAAGGGAACAUGUAAACUAACAUAACCAAUUGUCGGUUUCUCCAUGUAUUCCUCAAGAGAACAUCAAAGUAAAUGUAUUACAAGUACAGUAUCCAGCCUGCUAGUCCUUGCCAGAGACAUCCAGACCUAUGUGCCCUGUGAUCAUGUUUGGUGCUCCACAGCGAAAAGAAGGCUGUAAGCUUUCACAGAUUAGCUAGACUUGCAGCCGGCUGUCGGGCUAGUACAGUCAGCUCUUCCUUUGUCCUUCACAUAUCUGGCUUGUCAACUUGGAUUUGUCACUUCAUCUAAAUGUACAUCCUUUAACCUCCUUUGUGCCUGCAGCUACUUGGGAGGGCUUUGCCACCACUGGGAGGGGAGCCAGAGCUGCUGAUUUAGGUGGGUGAUGUCUGUCAGUUGAGGGGAUGGAUGCUCUGUUUGCCUAGCAUGGAGUUGGAGCAGAGGGGCAUGGAACAGAAGCAGAGCAGGGUGGGCAGAGGAGGAAGACAUCCAUCCUGCUGGGCAAGGGCUUUCUGGGGAGACGUCAUCAUUUUGUAGCUGGGCAGAGCAUUCCCAGAGUUUCAGCCUCUAUGCAUGUUCAGCUAUGCAGAAUCCUAUUGCAAAGCCAGAUACAGUGGGCUUCUCCAUACACCUGUCUCCAUUUCUGCAAUGUCCUUCAUGUGCAUCACCAAGCAUUGACCAUAGGAAUGCCACAAAUAUAUCUGCCCAGACAUGAUAAAAAAAAAAAAGUCUUUCGGGUAAGGGUAUGAAUGGCCUUCUUUUACCCCACCUAUUUAAUAGCUUUUUUGCAAACCGGAAAACUUUGAGUGGUAAUUGUAUUCCCCUAUCCAAUUAAUCAUGGAAACUUCAUACGGAAACUUUUCUGUUUGAGCUGCAGACUGCCUAAUUGGCUGUCAUCUGUGUUCAAAACACAUAUCAUAAACAAGCAUCUGCUAAUGCUUUAGUAGAUUCCUUCAAUCUAAGACCUGAGUGACACUAUUUGUAAAUAUAAAUAGUUGUGAAGCACACAUACUUUUCUUUGGGGGACAGAUUUCUGAAAAAUCUGGAAAACCACAGUUCAGGGAUUCAUAAAUGUAGCUCAAAUUCCCAAAUGUUUACUGUGGGAGCUGGCAAUCUCCUGUCAUUAUCACAUAUCCUAUCAGAAAAGAACAAACUGAAAAUGACUCGUGUUUAUGUUGAAGAUUAAUAGCACCAUUAUUUUAGGGGAAGUUUUUCAAAAGCAGGCUUUUGAGCACCAUAGUGUAAAUGCCAAUAAAAAUAAUCUACGCAUAGAAAUGCCAUUGGUCCUAAAUUUGAAGAAAGUGGGCGACGGUGGUCUAGUGUGGGUGCAUGUAAGUAAAUGCGCAUUCAUCCCUCGAUAAAGGAAGGAGGAGCAGAGAGAAGAACGGAAUCCUGAAGAUUCGUCCCAGCCACAACUCAGGAUCCAACACAACCGUAGCUGGGAGGAGUAUACUGUUCAGUUGUUUUUAAAGCAUCAGUGCAUGAGUGAUUCUGGAGGCCUGCGAUCGUGUGGGGAGCUUACUUUGAUGGCGCCGUGUUAAUAAACGUGAGUUGUAGGGACUGCGCACCUAAGAGAUCCCGCUUAUCAGCCCUCGGAUCCAACUGAAAGGAGAUGUAGUUGAGAAAUGCAGAGUAAUUUGUAUGUGGCACUUGGUUUUUAUUUUCUUUAUUUUUUUCUUAAGCACUGCAAAAUUUGUUUAGAAUAUUAAACCAUCCUUAUGAGGCUUUUUUUUUUUUUUUUGCAACUAUGUCAUGAAUUGAGGGAUUUUAAAAAAAAAUGGCUCUUGGAAAAGUAGGUAUUGUCUAUAUUGUAGAUGCUUAGUCACAUUCAUGCCAAAGUGUUUAUAGCUUGAAAUGGUUCUUCCACAACACGCCGAAGAAUGGAGUGCAAAUAACUUUUUUUUUUUAAUGAGCUAACCAGUUUGUGUAUGUUCUAACCCAUCUUGAAGGUGGGAAAAGAGGCAAGAAAGGGUAGAAAAUUGAUCUUUGGAUAAUUAGCUUUGAGUCGAAGUCCAGCUGAUAGAAAGCUUCAUGGGUUCUCAUGAAAUUUAAUUCGUGUUUGCUAUAACAUAUUUAAAUUUUUUUCAAAAAAGCAAGCAGGACUCUGCAAAGACUUACUACAUUACUAUUCAGCUUGCUUAGAUAUGGUAACAUUAAUAAGAAUACACUUCAACUCUGAAAAUAAAGCAACCCAGGAAGCUUUUUUCUGUUCCCAUGCUGGCCUAUAUACUUCAGUUACCAAUUGGCUGUUAACCAAAUUUUCCUUCUUUAUAUAUAUUUGUAUUUUAAUAUGAUAGUUGAGAAAUUUAGUAUCUUAGUAAUUUUUAGCUGUUAUUGUGGAAGACCUCCAAUACAAGAUAAGGUACCCUUGAACGUGUGGUUUUAAUGAUAUGCCAUGUUACUAUCAAUGGUGAUUUUAAUUUUGAAUAUUUUAAAUUGAUGAGAAUGAUUUGUAAACAUGAAGUUGGUGUUGUAUAAAUUCUGUUGGUUAUAGAAUUUCUUUGAUGAUUAUCCAAGUGUCAUCUUGGGGCAGAAGUCAGAAAAAUUAAAUCUGCAACCAUCAUUAUUUUAUUAGAGUUCUAAAAUGUGAACCUACAUCAUAAAUGGGCAUUAACAUUCUAAAUCACCUGGUUUGGAGAAUGUGUUAGCAGCAUAGCUAUGUUCAACUAAGGAAAUGGCUAAAUACCAGAAGUUUCAAGAGCCUUGGAACAGAUUUACAGGGGAACUCUAUAUGUAUGUGUAUAUUUUAUUAAACACCCAUCUGCACUAUCAGUGUUGCACUAAUGUGGAAUUUGAAAAACUAUAUUGCUGAUACUGUAUAUCUGCACAUCAUUCCUGAUUAGAUUGUUUAAAAGACAAUCUCAAAGGUCUGAGGUUUUAAAAUAAUUUGGUUGGUUUGAAAAUAUACAGUCAUCUUGAAGGAAUCACUGUCAUGCAUGAAGUUGCUCAGAGUGGUCUUUAUUCUCUUCUUGGUCAAGGUUAACAAUUUCUAAAUGAUUGCAAAUUCACUUAAAUAAUACAUUUACAAAGCCAUUUUACAUGCAUUAAACGAGGGCUGCAACAAUAUUAUGUUUUACAAAUACUAGCACUUUUUUUUUUGCUGUUAUGUACUUAGUGUUAGAGGGUCAAAAUAAUCUUUCUGCUUAGCAUCUCUUAAACCAUACCUGCAAAUAUAGCAGGAUUAUUACAUUUACAGUACUUUAAUACUUGUAUAAACUAUGCAGAAAUUUUUAAUAAAGUGUAAUAUAUUUUAUAAGCUAAUAAGACUGAAUGGGUAAAGGUUUUUAGCAUGCAUUAGUAUACUUGCAAAUACUGAAACAUUUUGGUAAUCUUUCUUACUAAAGAUGUGAAUGUUUAAUGUUCCUUCUCUGUUUCUACUCUGUAGUCCAAUGGGAAUUCAGUAAUGACAUUUUGUCAUGUCAAACUGUGAACAUAAAUUUGUACUGUACAGUCCUCAUAUACUAUAUACAGUAUGCAAUAUAUGUAUUAUAUACUUGUUAAUAAAACCAUCAGAAUAUUAAA